AUUUUUGACCCAUACUGCCCAUACCGGCCCAUACCCAGUAUAUUCAGCCAUGGUACACAUGGUACUUUUGAUGAGGUUUCUCGUGCUUGUGGCCAGUUCGGUGAAGUCUAGCGCAGACAAAGCUUUGGUGCUGGGCGACAGCUGGGCGGAAUAUUCCUUAGAGACAUUGCAGGAGAAGUGCGACACCAUCACCUCCAUGGUGAAUCGCGGCAUUGCUGGAACCACUGCAGCAGAGUGGGCUGCCAAGGACAACUGCGCCACGAAGCCCCCGGAUUCCUUGUGCUGCCGAAGCACUGGAAGCUGUAGCCUUGAUGAUGUGUCUUUCAAUGACACUUUCAGGACAGCUUGGGUGAGCAUUGGUGGUAACGACUUUUUCUUGACGGGCUGUAGCGCCGCCCCAGCAACACUCAGCGCGAUCCAAGCGAACAUUCAGAAGGUGGUGGCUGACCUGCAAGCCUUGUCACCUCAGACGACCAUCGUUUUGACGGGCUACUCCGUGCCCAGUAGCCCGCUGACCUGGCACCCCAGCCCGAGCUGUUCGGAGUUCUCAGCCUUGCUGCCGCUGAAUGCUGCAGUGAAAGCCGCCGCAGAGGCUCAGAGCGUGGACUACGUGGACGUGUCUCAGGUCAUGGGAGGCAACGCCACGCAGUAUAGCGAUGCCCAGUUCUAUGCAGAUUCCAUCCACCUCAAUGAGGCGGGCUAUCGACAGCUCUGGGAUCAUCCGCCACUUCAGGCGGCCAUGCAAUGCCUCCUGGGCCAAUCCGUCAGUGGAGCGCCUCGGAAACUGAAAGGUGCGUCCCUGGCGUCGCUGGCCGUGAUCCUGCCCUGGAUGCGCUAAGCACAGAAUUAGAUCGGCUUUUAAAUGGUCCACAAUUUCAACUUUCA